UGAAGAUCUGCAACGUUUCUGCGGUAAGACGCCGAUUAACGGCCGGCGGGCACGGCGCGCGUGCACGACACAGACCAGACAGAGGGUGUGUGCGGGGCUGGACGGGCGUGCGCACGCGCCUGCGGUGCGUGUAGCGGAGGGUCAUGGAGGUGUCCUCUCACAGCCUCUUCCUGCUGCAGCAGCUCAAUGUUCAGAGAGAGUUCGGCUUCCUGUGUGACUGCACUGUCGCCAUCGGAAACGUCUACUUCAAAGCCCACCGCGCCGUGCUCGCCGCCUUCUCCAACUACUUCAAGAUGAUCUUCAUCCACCAGUCCAGUGAGUGUAUAAAGAUCCAGCCCACCGACAUCCAGCCGGACGUCUUCAGCUACCUGCUGCACAUCAUGUACACCGGAAUGUGUCCCAAGCAGCCGGUGGACCAGAGCCGCCUGCAGGACGGCAUCAAGUUCCUUCACGCCUACCAGCUGUGCCGGAAACCCGGCGAGGGCGCCGCAGACGCCGCUGCCGACAUGGUCCGCAUGUCCAACCUUUACGGUAUCCAGAUCUCCUCCCAGCUGGCCAACAAGGACGCCGCCGGAGGCCCCAAGACCACGGCGGUGUCCCGCGGCGCCCCUGAGGACGGACGCUCCUCUGGCCGGGGCGGGCGCUCCCACUCUCAGCUGUCCCUCGCCGUCGGACUGGAGGGGAUCCCGUCAGACCGCCAGGCCUCGGGGCUACGCAACGUCUGCUCCGUGGCGUCCGGAGACGACUCGGACAUCUCGAAUCGCAUCAAGCAGGAGCGGGUAGAGGAGGAGGAGGGUGAGGACGGCGAGGGCGAGGAGGGUCUGGGGGCGGGGUCUCCGUCUCAGGGGAGCAGUCCCAGUCAGAGUCUCCUGUUCAAAGACCGAGGCCUGGUCCUGCUGUGUCCCCGCUGUGGAGAGCGCUGCUCGUCUCCGGAGGACCUGCGGGAGCACCUGUUCAGCCACGCCCUCGACCCCACCCGCCUGAUGGAGGGGCUGUCGCAGGGCGGCGAGCUGGACGCCGGCGUGGAGGAGGGUCCGGCGGGGGCUCAGGAGCAGCUGGACGCAGGCUGUCUGGAGGAGGCGCUGAGACAGAGCCAGGCGCUCGCCAACCAGCUGGCCGCCGAGCUGAGGAGGAGCAGGGGGGGCGGAGGGGCGAGUAGCCCGACGCCCGCCGUCCUGCACUCUCGGAAACGUAAGAUCGCCUGCGCCGUCUGCAGCCUGCGCUUCUCCCACAAGAGCCAGCUGCAGGAGCACAUGUACACCCACACGGGCAAGCCGUCCCGCUACCACCGCUACAACCGCCUCUGCAGCCAGCUCUUCCAGGCCUCCGCCCACUUCUGCGAGGGCGCCGCGGAGCCCGGGGGAGUGGGCGGGGCCUCGUCCGGCGCCGCCGCGCUCUCCGAGGAGGUCAACAGGGACACUCAGGACAACGGCAGCUCCUGCUACUCCCUGGACUCUGAGAUCUCCCAGGAGAGCGUGGACGGCGUACCUGUGGAGUGAUGUCAUCAGGUGUUCUCUCGGUGUUGUCGUCUCCGUCUCUGCUGCGGUCUGCUGGUCCCUUACCUGUGCAGGUGUGUGUGGCAAUCAUCAUCGGACGGUUCAGUUCAAUCACUUCAGAAUCGAUCAACGGCAAAUCUAUCAGCAACACAUCUCUGUUCCAUGUGAAUAUUUUCUGUUUUUCUACAAUAAUUAACUGAAACAACAAAACGAGACAUUUGAAGUCGUCGACAAGACGAUUAAUCAAGAAAACAAUCAGCUGAUUAAUCAAUAGACCUCUUUUCCUGUUAGUGAACAUGAUGACGUAGUUUGUGGGCGGAGCGUUAAGUGGAGGCAGAAUAAUUCUCUGAACAACCGUAGCCAACAGUCUUUCCUUUGUUUUGCCUCCAACUAACACUGUGACCUCAUCAUGACCUCAUCAUGACCUCAUCAUGACCUCAUCAUGACGUCGACACUAAAAGGGGUCUUUAAUGAUUAUUCUCCACCCGAACCGUUCAGAUUAACAUCUCGUCGUUUGUUUCUGUUGAAUCCUGAUCUUCCACACUCACCAGCGGACAGUGAACGCCUCGCUGACGGAGCGUGUGACUGCGAGGACGCCGCAGAGCGAGGAGAGGAUGCGUCGAAAUGUUCCUUCAGUGUAAAGCUAAUCAGUCAGUGUGUCGGACUCUGAAGAAGUUUUAUUGUGAAAAGACGCAGCAGUGCCUUCCUGUGGUGGUUUGAUGGUCGUUUGUGUCGUUUCCAUCAGUAAAUUAAAGCUUCAUGACAAUCUGACGAGUAGAAAGAACUCAUUAACAAAGUUUACCAGCUUUUUGUAGCCGAUGUUUUCACCAACUGUUCCUUUUUCUAGAACCGUGAAGAACCCUCCAACUGUAAACUUAAAGGACCACACCACUGUUUACUUUACAAUAGUUCACCUUUUAGAAUACGUCUAAACAAAGGAGGGAAAUCAGUGUUCUGUAGGAAACACACCUGAACAGGUAAAGCACAAGAAGGUGUUACUUUAUUUUAAGGGGGUACCAACGGGAGAACAAACAGCGUUGUGGUCCUUUAACUUGAAAUCCUCUGCUGGCGUCACAUGACCAGCGCUCGUUGUUAGGGCAUAAAGAUGUGUUUUGAGUUUGGAUUUAAAGACGUCCACACAUUCAGACUGUCUGAUGUCCGUAGGGAGGUUAUUCAAGAUGUUAUCGAUUACUGAUUGGUGACGUCAUCUUCAUUCUGUGUUUCACUGUAAAACAAAUCAAAACAGGAAGUUUGUGUUGUUUUGUAAAUAGACGUCUGUUUUUUUCAUUGAUGCAACAAUAAAGUCUUUUUUCCACCAGUCAGGUGACAGAACUGUUGAUAAAGGAACUGAUUUAAACUUCCUGCAAAGAAAAAGACAUUUAAUAUAAAUCUGCAAUUAACAAUCUUUUCACUGUUGAUGGAAUUAUUAAAAAAGAUUUCUGCUAUUCUGAAGUUUUUUGUUUAAUAUU